AGUAUUUACUAUUUAAUUUAAGUGUUUUGAAUUUAAAUAAUUUUUAAGUACUUACCUGCGUUGAAAUUUGUGUUAAACGUUUAUAAGACAUUUGUUUUGGCAAUUUGCUUUUUAAUUUUCAUAUAUUUGUUCAUACAUUUAAAUUCACUUUUAGUCUGUUACAUUCUUGAUUAAAUUAUAUUGGGAUUAUGGCUGUUCCGAAUGAGUUAAGUUUGGAAUCCGUCCGUGAUUUCAUGAUUAUGAACGAUGGUAGAGUUACUAAUCAUGACCUAGUGACUCACUUUAAAUAUUUUCUAACAAAUCCACAAAAUAGAGCUGAAGCAAGACAUCAGUUUAAAGAAAUUGUUAAUACUGUGGCCACUGUUAUUUGUGGAGAAGAUGGAGAAAAGUAUUUAAUGCUUAAACGUCGCUUUCGAGUAGCUGGUUGUAUUGGUUUAUCAUUAGAGCCCUCCAUGAGCACAGCUUCUUCUCUAACUUCACUAACCUCUUAUCCUGGUUUAUCCUCUGUACAUCACUCAUUAUCACAAGAUUCACUUAUUGACCCUCCUAGAUUCCAACAAAGAUCACCAAUGGUAUCACCAUCGGCUAGACAACCCCCACCUUAUCGUCCACCACCUUCUCCUAUUGCAUCGCCUAAAGAAUGCUCACCAACUAAAGAAGCUGCACCGCCUGUUCCUCCUAGGCGCAGAAGUUCUGAAAAAAUUAAAUUGAUUGAAUUAAGUGACAAUGUUAUAGUAAAUUCUAAGGAUAAUUAUAAAGAAAACGAUCAACCUCAGCAGCCUCAGAUAAGUGUAAAAGACAGAACACAAAAAUUUAACCGGAUAGCAUCUGAAAAUGCCUUACACUUAGCUAGUCAACUACCAUCGCCAAAUAAGAAGAAAAUAGAUAAGAACGAUAAAGACGACGAAGACACUAUUUCUAUGACAUCGUUAGAUCCCAAGACUAAAGAAUGGGUCGUCAAAUCAGCAAAAUGUGACUAUCAAGCUUUGGCGAAACUGGCAUCUGAAAAUCCUCGAAUUGCAAAGUUCAAGGACCCUAUCACUAGCUAUACGGCGUUACACUGGGCGGCAAAACACGGCAACAUGGACCUGGUGAAAAUGUUGGCCGGCACGUACAACGCCAACGUCAACGCUAAAACGAAUGGAGGUUACACGCCGUGUCACUUAGCCCUGCAGUUUGGACACGAAGAGAUCUACAAAAUACUGGUCGAGUCGUACGGAGCCGACCCGAACGUGCGGGACUACAGCGGACGGAAGCCCAGGCAGUACCAGACGAACCAGGACACGAGCCUGUCGGCGGACACGUAUCGCAAACUAAACGCCCGAAAACACAAACACAUGGAAAAGGACCUAAGGUUUCUGAGGAUCGGGUCCCUGAACGUGCGCGUUAAACGGACCACGGAGGCGUUCAGCAACUUCCUGGGCGUCGGACACAACGCAGAAAAGAUUCACAAGACUUGGGGCUCCGCCGACAACAUACAACAGCAGAACGAUGCCAAGAGAAUGCCCCCUCCGAAAAGCGUUACGAUUAAGAAGAGGAAGUCCAAACGGCCACAAGACUUUUUGAGGAGGGCCUCGGCCCCGGCCGACCGGUCGCCGGACAAGAGAAAAUCUGCGGAAAUCGUCGUCACCGGCGACUCGGACUCGGACACGGCCUGCGGAUUCGGCACGAAUUGGCAACCGUCGUGACUACCAUGUCGUGUAGAUCAUUGUGUCCAUGUCGGUCGUUGGUGGUAUGGCUUUGCUUCUGAUUUUCGAGACGUUCUUCUGCGGUCGAUAGCCGUUCCCGGGCCCAAUAACAAUAUUGAUAGUCUCAUAUUAUACUCUCUCAUUGUCUCAUCCAGUCAUCCACAUGGAUCAUGAUAUCAUCACGAUCAACGUUCAACAUACCCCAAGUAUUAUUAGCAAUAUGUAACGAUCACUCUGACAGUCUGUGUACUAGAUAAUAUAGUUAUUAGCUUUUACUUUAUUUAUUAUAAUAGUAUAAUAAUAGUCUGUUGUGAUUGUAUGUCGUCGGUCAGAAGUCGUUAUUUUUUUAAAUUUAGGUAAUUAUUUUUUUUUUUUGUGCCCAAACGCUUAACAUUUUAUUUUUUGUUUUACUGUAUUAUAACGUAAUGUGUACUAACUGUAAAUAACUUAAUCGGCUGAAUCGAAUAUAUAGUUAUGUAUUCACUAUUCAGUUCAGUAGACAUUAUUACCAAACUUUUUUUAAGGUACCUAGGUACUUACUUUAACGAUAUUAUGUUAGUAACCAUAUUAUUAAAAGGACCAAAAGGCGUUUAGUUUUACACACUGUUUAAAUUAUUGAUACCUAUCUCAAUAUUCGAUUGUACUUAUAUAAUAUUAGGUAUAUAUUAUUAUUUAUUAUAUUUUGUUUUUAACUAUAAAUGUUAGUAUUGAACAGUUAUUGUUACUACGGACUUUGAUAGAUUAUAGUCCGUGCUGUUACUAAAUUGUACUAACAAUCAGCUCUUUUAUGAUUAAUUGUAGUAAUAAUGGUUAUAUAGUUAAAAUGCUCUCUGUUAUUAAUAUUAUCCAUUUUAUGAUUUGAUGAUGUUGUAUUUUGUUGUUAAGUUCUUUAAAUUUGUACAAGUAUUAAUUUACCAUAUGACUUAACAUUUUCAUUAAUUAAUAAAAUACAGCAAAAUAUCUUCAAUAA